AUGUCGAAAGCAUAUUCUCAAUGUAAAAUAAAUAAUCAAACAAUUUUACAUGAACAUAUUGAUGAGAAUUAUGAACCAACUGAAGAUGAAAUUCAUGAAUAUGCGACAUAUAUUGGAAUUGAUCCAGAUAAAGAACUAGAUCUUCUUUGGUUAGCGAAAGAAGGUCUUAUGAAACCAUUACCAUCUGGUUGGAAAGCAUGUCAAGAAGAAAAUGGCGAAUUAUAUUAUUUUAAUUUCGAUACUGGUAAAUCAUCAUGGGAUCAUCCAUAUGAUGAAAUUUAUAAAACACGUGUUAUUCAAGCACGAGAAAAGAAAUCUUUAGCAACAAUCAUAAUUGAUACACAUUCAAAAGGAAAAAAUACGUUAAGUAUAAGUGAUUUAUCAAGUGAAAAGAACUUAUAUAAUGUACAAAUGAGUGGAAAGAAUGAAACAGGAGAUAAUCAUUGCGAUUCUCAAGGUAUGAACAGUGGUUCAGAUGUGGAAUUAGAUAAUAGUGAAAAUGAUAAUGGACAUAGUAGUAAUGGCUUUCAAAAAGACGUCGAUUUUGGUAUUGAUCCUCAAUUAUCAGCACGUAUACAUGAAGAUGAAAACGAACCAUUAGCAGUGGUUGCUACAUCUCAUCCAAUGUCUUCCGCUGAUGCUAUAGAAGAUAAUGAACGAGUAAAAUUUGCUAAUUUAGCUGCACAAGCUGCUGAACGUCGUUUAAGUGCAAAUAAACUUACAAAUGAUGUAAAAUUUGAUUUAUUAGAUAAUAAUCAUAUUUGUUUUCUUUUUACUCAGGAACCUAUUCUAAUUACACCACGUGAAGAUAUUGAACUUACUAAGCUUCGAAAACGACUUGAACAAUCUGCAAAUGAAGAAAAAUUACAAUUACUUGAAGAUAAUCGAAUCUAUAUUGAAAAACUAAAAACAGAAUUACAAUUAGCAAAAGAACAAGAAGAACGAACAUUACGUGAUAAAAUGAAAUCUGAUUUAACUUCAAUCGAAAAAAAUCUUCAAGAAAAUUUAUCUCGUGAAAAAAAAUUACUUAUGACUCGUCAACAAAAUGAAUUGAAUACUAUGAAACAAAAUAUUGAAAAAGAAAAACAAGAAUUACAAAAGAAACUAAGAGCUGAUAUGUUAUCAGAUUUAAAUCUUGAACAACAAGAUAAUGUAAAUAUGCAAAUACGUUUAUUACAAAUAAAACAUGAAUUUGAAGAGAAACUACGCAAUGCAGAAAAUCGAUAUAAAAGUGAAAUUGAAGAUUUAACACGACGUUUUGAAAAGGCCAAGAUUGAUAAAGAUACAUUGGACAAACGUUUAAAAGAGAAGAAUGAUUUUUGUUCGACGAUGCAACGAACAAUGGAACAAUUACGUGGAGAGAAAUUAUCAUUAGAACGAAAAUUACAAGAUACUGAAGCAGAAUUAAAGACAAUUGAUAGUAGUCAACGACAAGUACAAUCAUCUCAUACACGUAAAUCAUCAACCAAACAUAUUGAUGAUGAUAAUGAUAAUUCUAAUCUCGAUCAAACUUUUAGUAAUAAUAAAAGUACUUUUCUUAAUAAUAAUAAUAAUAUUAAUGAUAAUGAUGAUGAUGAAGGACUAAGUGAUACGGAUAGUGAUAUUAUCGAAAUGCAACAAACAUUAAAUGCACUUAAACAUAUGUCAUUUCUUCCAACACUUAAUAUUUCCAUGAAUAAUAAUAAGAAGAAUGAAAAAAUAAAUAAAAAAUCUACAACAAUUGAUUUCGUUAAUAAUGAUAUUAGUCCAAUUUUACGAAAUAUUCCAUUUGAAAGAACAUUAAAUUCAUCGUUAAUUGAUUCUGGACGAUGGUCAAAUACGAUGCCAUCAACUAUUGGUAAUAGUACUUAUCCAUUAGGAAUACAAACUAUGCAACAACAUCAACCAUCCGUAUCGAAAAAUAAUUAUUGGCAAUCACAACCAAGUUUAAUUACAAGAGAAGCUGUUUUAAAAGCUGCACGUGAUGUACUUCCACCUGGUGUUAUUGAUCAUUUAACAUCAACAAAUUAA